UUAAAAUAAAUUCCAGAAAUUUGAAAAUACGUUAUUAUAACUCUCCUCAAUAUUUUCGGUACACAUAUAGGUGGAUCAUUGUGUUGGGGUUGUUUUACACGAUGCAUACAGUUGUUGCAUAUUAUUUUCGUGAUGAUUUAUUUUUUAGAGACUACGCUGUUGGUUGGGUAAACGAUAUACUUAUGUACAAUAGUAAACUGUGUGCUGUUUUUGUAACACUGGUAGAAGUGCUUUUGCAGAGACAUUCGCAAUUGGAAAUCUUCAAACGCCUUUCACGAUUGAGUGAAAGUAAGAAGAAUAUUGGCCUGUUGAGCCCAUCUCGGUUCAAAGAAUUUUGCAAGCAAUAUUUAUUAAAAUUUGGUUUGUGCUUUACGUCUAUUUUAUUAAUGGAACUGAAAUUAAUCUGUAGUGUUGUGUCUUACAACGUUCAGUGGUCGAUACUUUGGUAUCUUUCGAUUCUACUUGUUAGUUUUAGUCGGUUUAGAAUAUCCUUCUACAUAUUAUACAUGGAUUUAAUACGAGCUCAACUAACGGUUAUCCACGAUCGCUUGAAGGAAAUUUCUGUCACUAUAAGACGACUUCAGAUGGCUGGUCCAAUGGCUAAUCAUGCAAAAGUUUUAAGCUCUAUAACUUACCUGAAAAACUGUUACAUUGAAAUAUGGCUAUUAAAUGUGAACGUAAAUAACACACUUGGAUGGAGCACCUGUUUUGUCCUGGUUAGUAAUUUUAUUCAUGUUUGUGGUUACGUAUACUGGAUUUACCUUGUAUUGGUAAAAAAAGCAAUAGCGGGGCUCGCAGAUCUUUCCGCGGGUUUGUAUCCUUUCACAAUAAUGACUGUAUUGUUGGUGCAUUCCGCCGAAUCAUGCGUUCGAUUGGCUAAUUCAGUUCAACAUUUGGUUCUAAAAAUACCAGAGUCUGCAGAUCUAGGACUUCACUAUGUUUUAGAUAGAUUCACAUGCUGCAUUAUGCAACAACCGAUAAAGUUUGAAUCGCAUGGUUUGUUUGAAUUCGAUGUUAAGUUUUUUAAAAUGAUGAUUACAGGUUUCGUAACAUAUAUGGUAAUGUUCAUUCCAUUUUCGUCAGAUGUUCCAGAAAUUGGUGCGGCUGUCAAUAAAUCAGUUGGACGACAUUGCUACUAGUCGCUUGAUAUCAAAUGGUUGUUUGACAUAGAAAAAGUUUCGUCGCGUUUUUGUCGAUGUUUUUUGAAUAUGUAAUUCUGUGACCAAGACAAAAAUACUCAAUAGUUAUCACUUGUAACGUCUUUUCAAUUGUACCAAGAGCGCUCAUGUUGGUUCAGACCAGAAUGAGUUUAAUCAUAUUAUACCAAUCGAGGGUGGAAAAUAUUAUUGUGUCACAUUUUUACUUUUGAAUAACCUAUUUGCAACAUAAAAAAAUGAAAUUAUUUGAAAAGUAAAUUGAAUCUGUUAAUAGGUGGAAUCACACUAC